AAUAAAAUUUGUGGGUCAACAUUAUAGACGAAUUUAUCUUUUGAUGAAGACUCACGGCUCACAUCGCACAUCUCACGAGUCCAUGAUAGACAAUCGUCUUGCUUUUACACGUUACUCGAAAGAAUGACUCCGCAAUUGUUAUCGUUGGAAGUUGGUUACAAAGACAGAGAAUUGCCUAGAAAGAAAGGAACUACAACUAAUAGCAUCUAAUAAAUUCUUUAUUUCUUAGGUUACUUACCAAUUACCAUUGACUAAUUUCAUCUAAAUGGUCAAAAGUCAAGCAAAGUACCGUGCAUUUCUGCACCACACCACAUAUAUAAAGUGCCAAACCAAAACACACGGAAAUUUAAUCGACGUUUUGAAAUGUCUAUGUCUCCAUAAUCUACUGCUCAUGAUUUUUUGGAACACCGCCAUUUUUGCUGCUGUGAGUUUUCUUCUUUAAGACAACUUCGUAGCCUCAUAUAAGAAGUCCCUUAAACUCCAGUCCACCAUGGUUACCCUACGAAAAAGCUGAUGAUCAUGUCAGUAAACUAUUGCAGAACUCAUCACAAGCCAAUGACAUUAUCAACAAAUUGGAUUACAGAUAACAAGGGAUUCUUCUGGCUCAGCAAUCAUUCAGCAGAAGGAACAACUGAAAAGAUACAAUUAUGUUCAGUCAAACGAAACUCACAUCUGUAAUUGUAUCUACACAAACAAAAGAAGCCCAAGAUAAGGUUGAUGGGGGCAUUGAUACCCGUAUCAGGGAACUCGUGGCAAACCUGAAAACUAAAACUACUUCACUUGAUGAUCAAACUAUAAGGGAAGCCACCUCUGAGCUCCGGCGAUUGUCCAAGGACAUGGAGAAUGCAAUUUCUAUAGCAGGUUGUGGGGGCAUUAGCCCUUUGGUUGACCUGCUUGAGUGUCCAGAUAUAAUAACUCAAGAAAACGCAGUAACAUCCCUUCUUAACUUGUCGAUCAGCAACAACAACAAGAUCAACAUUGUGAAAGCCGAAUCAUUUCAGCCUUUGGUCCAUGUCCUUCAAACAGGAACCCCUGAGGCUCGAGAAAAUGCAGCUGCAACUCUAUAUAAUCUCUGUUUUUCAAAAGAAAACAAGAUUAGGAUAGGAAGCUGUGGAGCUGUUGGCCCUCUGGUAGAGUUAUUACGGUGUGGAACACAUCAAGGUAAGAAAGAUGCAGCCACUGCUUUGUUCUGCUUGUCUACAUGUGCGGAGAAUCGACUCACAAUAGUGAGAUCAGGUGCUGUAAAACAUCUGAUAGACUUAAUGAACCCUGCCACGGGAAUGGUUGACAGGGCCGUGGUUGUGCUGGCAAAUCUUGCUUCUAAUUACGAAGGAAGGAAGGCUAUUGCUGAAGCAGGAGGAAUAUCUCUUCUAGUUGAGGCAAUUGAGCUAGGUUCACCCAGGGAAAAAGAGAAUGCUGCUGCUGCACUUGUACAUUUCUGUUCAGAGAGUAACAGAUACUGCAGAAAGGUGUUAGAAGAAGGAGCUGUGCCGUCAUUAGUGAUUUUGUCCAACUCAGGAACCUCAAGAGCCAAAGAAAAAGCUACUAGGCUUCUUCGACUUCUAAGAAACCUACAGCAACUGUAUAUUGCUAGGGAAGGCUGAUUAGUACUACACCAGGAACUUUGAAUCGUCAUCUUCUGCGGUAACUUUUAGGCGCCAAUGCGCUUACGCUGGGGAGUAUAAAUGAAGUACUCCCUCCGUCUUUAAUUACUUGCUACACUGUUUUGGUCACAAGUAUUUUGGAAAAGAUAUAUGGCGUGACGUGAAUCAUAUUUUUUCGGAAAAGUGACAAAUAUUUGAGAGUAUAGGAAGAUGACAAAAAUAAAUGUAAAUAUUGUUACUUUUUGAUAGGCCAUAAAACCAUUCAUUUAUGAAUGAUGUAACAAGUAAAAAAAAGACGGGAAUCAUAAGCGAAAAUCAUGUAAAUUGAGGGAUGAAUUCUGUUUUAUGAUUGUUUGCCUCAAGUGUCACUAAUUUGUGAUACGUUUAUUAUGUGGAAACGAUACAGAAAUACAACUUACUACCUACUUUUGCUAGACUA